CCAUCCUCAAUACCUUUAAUCUUCGCACCUCUCUUCCCUCUCUCUACUCUCUAUUACUUCACAAUCCCUUCGAACAUAUAUGCAAUCAAACAUAUUUAUACGCAAUAAUAUUUAAUGGGGAGGCAGCCAUGCUGUGACAAGUUAGAGGUGAAGAAAGGGCCAUGGACAACGGAGGAAGACAAGAAGCUCAUAAACUUCAUACUCACCAACGGCCAUUGUUGCUGGCGUGCUUUGCCAAAGCUGGCCGGUCUCCGCCGCUGUGGGAAAAGCUGCCGCCUCCGGUGGACCAACUACCUCCGGCCUGACUUGAAGAGAGGCCUUCUCUCUCACGAUGAGGAACAACUUGUCAUCGAUCUUCAUGCUCAUCUCGGCAACAAGUGGUCUAAGAUAGCUUCAAGGUUACCCGGAAGAACAGAUAACGAAAUAAAAAACCAUUGGAAUACUCACAUCAAGAAAAAACUUGUUAAGAUGGGAAUCGACCCUGUGACUCAUCAACCUCUCAACCAAGAACCUAAUAACACUGAUAAUCCCAAAAGUAGUUCUUCAACUUCAGAUAAUAUCUUAAUGGAACCAAAGAGCAGAAGCAGCAAAAACGUACAGACUAAUAGCACGACUACAGAAGAGGAAAGCAGCAGCACUGCUACUGGUCAAAACAGUUCCAUUAACAAUGAAAAUCAACUACUUAGUAACAUUACUAACGAUGAAGAAUUGUUUAGUUACUUAUGGUCGGACGACACUGCUAAAGCUGAUGCUUCGAGGAGUUGUAGUAAUUAUUAUGGUGUUGGUGGAACAUUAUAUAAUGAAGAUAAUAUUCCCGGCGCCGGAGCAGACUUUCCGAUUUGGUCACCGGAAAGAGUCGGCGGCAAGGAUUUGAUGUUUCUGGAUUACUGCCAAGACUUUGGUGUUCAUGAUUUUGGGUUUUGACUCUUCACCAUGACAUAUUGAAACUCUUACGGAUGAGAACAAUCAUAUAAAUAUAUGUACAUUAGACGUAUAUAUACACGUAUACAAAUAGUAGCGCGAAGAAAUCCAUGUAAAGCAGCAAGGGGCACCAUGGU